GCAGGUGCGGUCACACUGUUUGCAAUUCCACACACACCAGCGCGGGUUUUUCGCUGCACUAAAUUGUAUAUUUAACGCAAAAUAGCAGCAAUUAAUACAAACAAACGGUUGCACCAGACACCCGAAAGUGCCGGACAUCCCACUGAACCGAAAACAGUGCCAAUUCCACCGCGCCACUGCCCCAAAUCACGUGAUGAAAAUCCGCCUGAAAAGUCGCCCUCGUCCGUGAAAUGUAAGGCAGAGCAGUUUUUCCAACCAACUUUGGGCGGAGUGAGGAGUUCGAGUUUCGCAGUGCGAGCCCCCUUCAUCGAAUUUCGCUAAUCGCGUUACAAUCGGCUGACUAUAUACCCGGCGAUGCCCCACCAAAAUGUAAGACUCCGCGGGCGCGUGUCCUACGCCAUAAAUGCGCAAUUCGGGGCCAAUUAGUGGCUGUCUGAGGUGUCCUUUGGCCGCUCCUCCUGCUCCUGCGGCUCGUCCUCGCACGAAACAACCUCAUUUGCAGGCCACAGACUUUGAACUUGCGACGCGCGUGUGCGUGCGAUCGUGGAAAACAAAAGAAAAGCCCCCUGGCCGCACAAACAAUAACAAUAGCUCGGAUCGCACACACUAUCACCGAUGCGAAUACCAAACAUGUUAUCUGUGCCCCGGCUAAUCUUCCUGGGCGCUCUGCUCGGCGCCUCCGUUUGCUCCUCCCCCAUUGAAUUCGUGAUGGACACCAGUCUAAACGGCUCCCGAUCGGAUCCUGCGACUGCUUCCCACCCUGGCAAGUGGCCACCGACGACCAAAGCGCCGGCGUUGAAGGCGCCGAACGGAACAGCUGGCCAGUCUUAUCAAUCGCCAUCGUCGUCGCUGGCCGCUGAUAACAGGAGCCACGACAACAACACCAACAAUGGUAGCGCCGCGGCCAUGCCGCUGCCGCAAGACGGCGACGGAUCCGGAGCAGCUGCCACGGCUGUUGCCCCCCAGCUGCCCAUCUACGUAGCUCAGCCGAGCUCCAAGAAACCAGAAAAAAAGAUCAAGUGCCACUGCGACAUCUGCAAGGACUCCAACAACAUUUGCGAGACGGACGGCUAUUGCUUCACGUCGGUGGAGAAGAACGUCGAUGGCACCAUCGAAUUCAGCUACAGAUGUCUGCACAAGUCGCAAAUCUUUCCGCCGGGCCGCUCCAUCUGGUGCAACGAUGGCUUGCACGGCGGUCCCACGGUCCGUCCGGUGGGCCGGAGUGGCGCCCACGCCUGCUGCAAGGACAGAGACUUCUGCAACCGCUAUCUGCGGCCGAAGACGAAGGACCAGCCGUCGAGCCCCUUGGAUGGUCGGCAUGUCGCUGUCGAAGAUUACGUGCCACAUCGUCUGACCAGCUGGGAGUUUGUGGCCAUCAUCCUGGGGGCCACCCUCAUCAUUUGCUUCACUGGCACCAGUACUUGGUACUACUGCCAACGUCGCAAGCGCUUGGCCAGCGGCAGGCCGUUUGCCAAGGAGGACUCCGUGUACGAUCCCAUACUAAAUGGUAAUACGACCAUCCACGACAUCAUUGAGAUGACCACCUCCGGUUCGGGUUCGGCUGGUCUACCCCUGCUGGUACAGCGUUCCAUCGCGCGCCAGGUGCAGCUCUGUCAUGUCAUUGGAAAGGGACGCUUCGGCGAAGUCUGGCGUGGACGCUGGCGCGGAGAGAACGUGGCGGUAAAGAUCUUCUCUAGUCGCGAAGAGUGCUCCUGGUUCCGCGAGGCGGAAAUCUAUCAGACGGUAAUGCUUCGGCACGAGAACAUUUUGGGCUUCAUAGCUGCGGACAACAAGGACAAUGGAACUUGGACACAGUUGUGGCUGGUAACCGACUACCAUGAGAACGGAUCGCUCUUUGACUAUCUAACCACGCACACGGUGGACACCAACACCAUGCUAAACAUGUCGCUGAGUAUUGCCACUGGACUGGCCCAUCUGCACAUGGACAUUGUGGGAACCCGCGGCAAGCCCGCCAUUGCCCAUCGCGAUCUCAAGUCUAAGAACAUACUGGUCAAAUCAAACCUGAGCUGUGCUAUUGGGGAUUUGGGCCUGGCCGUGCGCCACGUGGAAAAGAACGACUCGGUGGACAUACCCUCCACUCAUCGCGUGGGUACCAAGCGCUAUAUGGCACCAGAGGUGCUGGACGAGAGCAUGAACGACCAGCACUUCGACUCGUACAAGCGGGCGGAUGUUUACGCCUUUGGUCUGAUCCUUUGGGAGAUUGCACGUAGAUGCAACAUGGGCAUGAUCUACGACGAGUACCAACUGCCGUACUACGAUGCCGUGCAGCCAGAUCCCAGCAUUGAGGAGAUGAAGAAGGUGGUUUGCAUUGAAAAGAGCCGUCCUAACAUUCCAAACCGCUGGCACGCAUCCGAUGUGCUCCACAAUAUGGCCAAGGUUAUGAAGGAGUGCUGGUAUCCCAAUCCUGUGGCCCGCCUAACGGCGCUGCGCAUCAAAAAGACACUUGCUAGCAUCAGUGUGGAGGACAAGGUCAAGAACUGAUUGUGGCUCUAGUUUGAGGAGUAGCCCCCGUGGCCCGUCCCGUGGGAUCGGGGGGAGACAUACAUUAGUAACCUGUAACCUGGCCCCGUGUUACCUUAAAUGUCCUGGCAGCGCCUGCCAAGCAGUUCCAGAAACCCGUUAAGAAAUGAAAUACAAAGAAAAUUGUAAAUAUUAAGCGCUAACUCAUCCUUAACGUUUUCAAUACUUUGCUUUGUUUCCGAACGAGCUCGUUAUUAGUUUUGUGUUUACACCAGCCCAAACUAUUGUACAUAACCUUCGUUGACAUUUUCGCUGAGAUUUGCUUGUUUCCGGGCAGCGUGAGCAAAGCGGCGCGCCAAAGGGAACUGCCGCACUGCCAUUAGAGCUACCAAUUAGGGCCUAGUUAUAGACCGACAAACAAACACGUUAUAUACACAAUACAUAUUUUUUAUAAAUCGUGUUCGCGAAAGAGAAUCCAGCAAACAAAAUGAUAAAUACAAAACGAUAAAUACAGUAAGACUUUGUCAAGACUGAGCAGCAGUGGAAAGCAGUGAGAACCAGAUGCAAAUCGCGGGCAGUUUUUUGCCCGCAACAUAGAAAGUAUA